AUGGGUUUGAAGAUUGAGUCUCGCAGUGUAGACAAGCAGCACGCUGUCAUCAACUAUGAGUCCAGCAGUGAUGAGCACAAAGUGAAGGAUCUGGGAAGCCUGAAUGGGACAUUUGUGAAUGAUGUCAGAAUCCAGGAACAGAUGUACAUCACUUUAAAGAUUGAUGACAAACUGCGGUUUGGAUAUGAUACCAACCUGUUCACUGUGGUGCGAGGAGAGCUACAUGUGCCAGAGGAGGCUCUGAAGCAUGAGAAGUUCACCAGCCAACUUCAACUGGGCAAGAAGCCCACCUGCGCAGAGCCCUUAAAACCCCCCAAGUCUUCUCCAGACAAAGCCAAAGUGAGCAAACCCGCAGAGCCCAUUGCUGAACCAGCAGUCAAACCUGCAGAGCCUAACAAAGGAGAUGACAAGAUGCCAGGUGAUAUAGCUGCCUUGCACAGGGGAACCCCACUGUAUGGACAGCCAUCUUGGUGGGGCGAUGGGGAUGCAGAUGAUGAGAAUUCCUUUAAACAAGAGAAUAAAACAUCUGGAAAGAAGCAGGAGAACAGCGGGACAGAGAGCAAAGAGAACAAGCGAGGUGAUAAAUCAAAGGAAAAUGGUCUGGGGCCUGUAGGCGCUGAGCCCAGCUACUUUGAGAUUCCCAGCAAGGAGGGACAAAUGGCACAGAACAGCAUCCAUGAGAUCCCAACAAAGGACACUGAGGGCACUGGGGCUGCUAAAUCAGCCACGGGCAAUGCUGGCGCACAGGCCAACACCUCAUUCACCAUUGAGUUUGAUGAUACUUCCCCAGGCAAGGUCACCAUUAAAGAUCAUGUGUUGCGUCCACGACCUAAAAAAUCACCUCACAUUGGCGGUAAAGACCUCAGCACCCUGCAGGCAGCCAUCAUGGCCUCUGAGAGCAAGGUGGCUGACUGGCUUGCCCAGAAUGACCCUCCUCUUGUGAGGCGUGAGUUCAAAGAAGAGGACAGUAAGAGCAUCAAGAGUGAUGUGCCUAUUCACCUCAAGAGGCUUAAAGGCAGUAAACACGAGGAUGGCACGCAGAGCGAUUCCGAAAACGGCCUAGGAUUGCGAUUUGGCAGCAAACGCCAUGCCGCACUGGAGGAGCGCCUGAGAGCCGCAGGAGUGGGCCAGGUCAAAACAGAGGGGUUGUCUUCUGUGAGCCGCACAGCCUUCAUGAUCGAGUUCUAUGACGAGGAUAACCCUCGCAAACGGCGCUCCUACUCGUUUUCACAGACUGCACCGCUGCUCGGAGGCGUGGCAGGGGAGGGACUUUGCCCUGCACCACCCUCACAUCCUAAGGUCGUCGCCACGGCAGCGGACGGCAGCAAGGGCAUGUCAUCGUCCCUAGCGGCGGUCGCCCCCACGGCUGCCCGACUCUUGCUCAAGCAGAGAUCAGAAAACCCAAAAGGGGUGCUGAGCCCUGCCACUACCGGUCAACCCAGUCCCACAGAUGAGGCUCAGAAACAAGACGACGACCAGAGCGACAAGGGAACAUACACCAUUGAACUGGAUAAAAGCAACGCUGAGGAAAAGGAGGCACGCCGAAUGAUCGAUAAGGUGUUUGGGGUGGAGGACUCUCAGGAUCCUGGUUGCCCUGAGCAACGAGAAGCUGGUGGAAAAGCAAAGGAGGGCAAGAAGCUCAGCUCCACUUUGUCUGAGGGUGAAUCGUAUGGGGGAUUUGUGUUAGCCCUGGUUAGGUUUGCAUCUGAAGUUGCAUGCUUGGUUGAAAGCACUGCCCUGUUCUGUGUGCAAAUUUGCCAUAACCCAUCAAAACGAUCUUCCGUUACAGGCAGUAAACACGAGGAUGGCACGCAGAGCGAUUCCGAAAACGGCCUAGGAUUGCGAUUUGGCAGCAAACGCCAUGCCGCACUGGAGGAGCGCCUGAGAGCCGCAGGAGUGGGCCAGGUCAAAACAGAGGGGUUGUCUUCUGUGAGCCGCACAGCCUUCAUGAUCGAGUUCUAUGACGAGGAUAACCCUCGCAAACGGCGCUCCUACUCGUUUUCACAGACCGCACCGCUGCUCGGAGGCGUGGCAGGAGAGGGACUUUGCCCUGCACCACCCUCACAUCCUAAGGUCGUCGCCACGGCAGCGGACGGCAGCAAGGGCAUGUCAUCGUCCCUAGCGGCGGUCGCCCCCACGGCUGCCCGACUCUUGCUCAAGCAGAGAUCAGAAAACCCAAAAGGGGUGCUGAGCCCUGCCACUACCGGUCAACCCAGUCCCACAGAUGCUCAGAAACAAGACGACGACCAGAGCGACAAGGGAACAUACACCAUUGAACUGGAUAAAAGCAACGCUGAGGAAAAGGAGGCACGCCGAAUGAUCGAUAAGGUGUUUGGGGUGGAGGACUCUCAGGAUCCUGGUUGCCCUGAGCAACGAGAAGCUGGUGGAAAAGCAAAGGAGGGCAAGAAGCUCAGCUCCACUUUGUCUGAGAGACUUGUGGAAGAUUCCGUUGCAGUCGGCAGCCCUCACUGGGUUUCACAGUGGGCCAGUUUAGCUGCUAAUCAAACGCGAACAGACCCAGAGGGCUCUGGGGCAGAACCACCAGCUUUUGUCCAUCAAGAGCGAGAUGGUGAUGCAUUUGAGGCUGGUAUCUCUAUCAAGAGCACCGGCUCUACCACUUCCAGCCAAGCUGAGCGCAAAAGAAGGACUCUUCCGCAGCUUCCCACACAGGAAAAGAUCAAGCGCUCUGAGAUCGGUGAGAAACAGGACACAGAACCCCAGGAAAAAGAAAGCCACAAUGACCAUAAAGGUGAUGGCGAGUGCAUCGGCACUCCAAACAACAAGGAUGUUAUUUCUAGCCAAUCCAAAAGCAUCCAGCAGGACGGGAAGGCAGGAAAACAUUCAUCUGUGCGUCCCUCGGGAAGUGGAGAGAGGAGAGCAUCAGAGGAGAGUCGCAGGAGGCGUUCAGAGGACAAGAGUAAAGGAAGUGAUGGGGAGAGGUCUGGGAAGCCACUAGUGAGGCAAGGUAGUUUUACAAUUGAGAAGCCUAGCGGUAAUGUCCCCAUAGAACUGAUUCCUCGUAUCAACCGGCAGAAUGGAGGAAGGGAGCGAAGUGACUCGGUGGGCAGCAUGGACACGGUGACUCUUCUCAAGGACACUGAAGCUGUCAUGGCUUUCCUUGAGGCUAAACUCCGCGAUGAGAAAAAGUUGGACCCGGUAACACCCCCAGCCUGCCCUUUAUCCCCCGAAUCUGAUAUCGACACGGCCAGCACGGUCAGCCAGGCGGCAGCUGAGGGUGAUCGCAAGGCGGUUCAGAAGCGUCGAUCCCUCAGCAGCCUUUAUAGAGAGAAGAGCAAUGCGAGCACGGCAUCAAAAACCACAACCAGCGCAAGGGAACGUCUUGAGAGGAAGACAAAGACCAAGACAACAGAAAGCCGCUCAGAUACUCGUCGUUCAGUACAGACAGCCUCCCGUAGCCGCCAACCAUCCCAAGAUCUCACUGAUGACGAUCAGACUUCCUCGUUACCCAUCUCAGACAUCCUGUCCUCGGACCAGGAGAUGUAUUUCAGUCGCUCACACACCAAAGGUCACUACACCUCCACUGAUGACCUUCUGCAGUCCAAGCUUGAUACCAGCAAAUCUGCAAGGUCCGCAAAGCCCAGCAAGACAUUGCAAACUAGCACCGCGGCCCUCGCGAAGCAGGCUGGUCUUCCGCAGCCCCGUUCCACAAGGGCAUACCUGUUGCGCAGGGCUCGGAUUGGAGACACGUCAGACACAGAUCUGGCGGACGCGGACAGGGUCUCAGUGGCGUCUGAGGUGUCCACCACCAGUUCUACUUCCAAACCACCUUUGGGGAGGAAGGCGCAGUCACGCAUCGACAUGUUAGCACAACCUCGCCGCACCAGACCCAGCUCGAUUUCAGCACGGAGCGAUUCGGAGGCCACGGUCAGUAGGACCACGGCGACACGUGUGUCUGCAGAGACAGCACUACGUCUGGGCCUGAGAAGCACAAAUCCGCAAGCACCAGACAGCAAGCUAACUGCACGGAUGAGGGCUAAUAGUGUCUCCAAGCUAGCGGACCCCAAGCCGAAGACAGCACCUGUCAACAGCACUCCAUCAGAAACUCAACUUGAGGCUGAAAGUGUUCUCGCAGAGGAGGAGCCCAUGGCCACUAACCGGUGGAGACGGCUGCCUCCUGAAUAUGCCUCUACCUCUGAGGAUGAGUUUGGCUCUAACCGGAACUCACCCAAACACAUUCGCCUGCGUCCGGGCACCACUCUUCGCACCAGCAGGCUGGGUGGUCCGGCUCCGGUCACGACCAGCCCCGGGGGUCUCCUCCUCAAAAACAGGAUGAGAGAACAGGAGGAGUACAUACGAGAUUGGACAGCUCACAGUGAGGAGAUCGCCAGGUUAUUUCCCUGUGUGCGCAGGAUCAGUCAGGACCUGGCCAAGGACCUGGCCAUCCUGGCACGAGAGAUCCAUGACGUGGCAGGCGAGAUCGACUCGGUCAGUUCCUCCGGCACGGCGCCCAGCACCACGGUCAGCACAGCCGCGACCACACCGGGCUCCGCCAUCGACACCAGGGAGGAGCUGGUUGAGAGAGUUUUUGACGAAAGUCUAAACUUCAGGAAGAUUCCCCCUGUAGUUCAUACCAAAGCCUCAGAGAUCAAUGGCAGACCAGUGGAGCUUCGUCCCCGGGCCCCGGACAGCCUGGACCCUCAGGCGGCCCUACGCAGGCGUACCUGGAACCGGGAUGAGGUGGUGCUAGACAGUUUAUUGCUGACGUCGGUUUCCCAACUGUCUUCUAAAAUCCGACAGUCUGUAGAUAAAACUGCUGGCAAAAUCAGGAUAUUGUUCAAAGACAAAGACAGGAACUGGGAUGAUAUUGAGAGGAAACUCUGUUUGGACAAUGAAGUUCCACUUCCCAAAACUACAAACAAGGAAAUUUCAUCUAUACUAACAGAGCUGAAGAGGGUAGAAAAACAGCUUCAAGUUAUAAAUGUCAUGGUGGACCCUGAUGGAACCCUUGACGCUCUGACCAGCCUCGGCCUGACAAGUCCAACCACCACCAGACCCAAAAGCAGUCCUGGGUCUCAGAACGUAUGGGGGUCUCUGCCCAGUAAUGGAGCCCCUCAGCCGCCGCCAACAACGAUCAUAACCAGCCCAGAGAAACCCAGUGUAGGACUCAACUUCAACCGCUCACACCCCACUGGAGAGGAGAGUGCCAUCGCUAGCAAAUAAAAUACUUUCUGUUAGUAAACUGGAUUAAUAAAACUACAUACUGUAACUUGUUCCUGAAUGGAUAUUUUAAUGUGUAUGUAUAAUGUACUAUGUGCCCUUCUACAGGAUUCUGUAUGAGGUCUGUUUGGUGUUUUACCUUGUAGUGUAACCUUUAGCAUCACACCUGUGUAUCUGGACUGACUGCUUAGCUCAACUAAGCAAAACCGCACCAAAACACACACAGCUGCAUGUGACAGGAAGCAAGUGGCCAUCCAAGCCCAAUGAACUACCAGACGUCGUGAACAGACAAAAACAGCUCCAGUGCCUGUCUGCUCUCCUCUGAGCUUACCAACACGUUCUGCACAGUUUACCAAACCCAAAUACAGCAAACUAUGCGCAAACUCAGCAAAUGUAUUUUGAAAUUUGUCUAUUUAGAUAACUGUAAUUUUUGGAAAAUGUUUUAGAUGUUACAUUUUGUGCAUUCAAGCUAUUCUAAAUUAGCUUAAUAAGGGUCUUGAUUUUUUUUCUUUUCUUUUUUUUUUGAAUGUAAUGAAGAAUUUGUAUCAUUGGAAACUGAAAUAUCCAUUGCAAUUCUUUGCAUAAUUUUGUAGUUUUCAAUUACUAAAACAUAGAGAGGGAACUUGCAGACAAAUGCAUGGCAUGCACUAAUGGACUGGUAAACUGUACCCUGGCUAAAUCGAUUUUUGCCGUUAUGCUACUUUGAUCAGCACAGCUGAAUCAGCCUUAUGACUAACAUUUCUGCAUAGACAGAUGUCUGUGUCUUCAUGAUGCUCUGAUACCUACUAGCCGCCUUCUCAUGUGUGUUUACUGUUACCUGUUUUUAUUUCCUUCUGCUGCUUGUCUGUAUUUUUAGGAGGAUGUUGGUGUAAACCUGAACCACUUCCCUGGCCUUUCUUUAGGAGCCCUGUAGGAAGAGUAAAUAGUGUAACUGUAGACUUAGACGAUAGUGCAGAUUGGUACCUGACAGAAUACAUUCAGUGGGCUUUUCUUUGUUUUCUACAUGUAUGAUGUCACUAAGUGCCCAGUAUUCUCAGCGUAGUCUUUCGGUCUUUGGGUUUGACAAGACUUGAUUCUUUGUGAUAUGGUUUCAUUUUGCACAUCAAAGGCAUGUGAAAUGAAGUAGACACCACUAAAUCCCGCUGUACUCACUACAAGAUGCCUUUCCAGUGGGACGCCCCUCUGACAAAACAACCUGUGUGACAGUCUGCCAAUGUAUGAGACAGCAGAUAAAGUGCUUGGUACAUUGAUUUUCCAUGAGGUUUACACAUUGUGUAUCAUAUCAGUGUUUUUUUUUUUAUUAUUAUUUAGUUUUAUUU